GCUUAUCUCAUGAAAAUUAAGAAGCAGGCCUUCGCCAUAGUAGAAUUCGGGCAAAUUCGAGUGCAGGAGACGGGGUGCGCCGUCACCGCGCUUUCUGCAUUGGGUUACGCCAUUCAUCCAGGGUCAUUCGGUUCACCGGUGUAACGAAGAUGAUGGCCACUUCACGGGCGCGCGUGCCUCCGUUUUCCUCAUGACCGACCAGCGGCGGCAGCAUCAUCUGCGUGCGGGUUUGGGUUUGUCUCACACCGGGCUGGCGUGGAACCGAUCCCACCGUCUGGCGGAGCGUCUGCCAGGUAUUGCGUGGCUGAGUCACCGUUGGAGUGUUUGAAGGGUCGCGAGAGAGAGAGUGAAAGUGAAGGAGGAGGCUGAGACGUUACAUCACAACGUGGCAGAGAAAGUGAGAGGAAGAGUGUGAGAGAACAGGAGAGCAGAGCGAGACGGGCGUACGGGAGAGCGAGGGAACAGGACACAACCACAAGCAGGAAGUCGAGCACUGGACUGACCCUUGAACUCUGACCUCGGAGCCAACAUGAACGACCAGAACGUGGUGAAAGAGGGAUGGGUGCAGAAGAGAGGUGAAUACAUCAAGAACUGGAGGCCGCGGUACUUCCUGUUAAAGACGGAUGGGUCGUUUAUUGGAUAUAAAGAGAAGCCACAAGAUGCUGAUUUGGCGUAUCCGCUCAACAACUUCUCUGUCGCCAAGUGUCAGCUGAUGAAGACGGAGAGACCGAAGCCCAACACCUUCAUCAUCAGGUGUCUGCAGUGGACCACUGUGAUCGAGCGCACCUUCCAUGUGGACUCGCCUGACGAGAGGGAUGAGUGGGUCGAGGCCAUUCAGAUGGUGGCGGACAAGCUGGCCAAACAGGAAGAGGAAGGAAUCCUGUGUAGCCCCAUCUCUCAGAUCGAAAACGUCAAUGAGGAGGAGAUGGACACGUCAACCAGUCAUCACAAACGAAAGACAAUGAAUGACUUUGACUAUCUGAAGCUGCUGGGGAAAGGCACGUUUGGGAAGGUGAUUCUAGUGCGAGAGAAAGCCAGCGGCACAUAUUAUGCAAUGAAGAUCCUGAAAAAGGAGGUUAUUAUUGCCAAGGAUGAAGUGGCUCACACGCUCACGGAGAGCAGAGUUCUGAAGAACACGAGGCAUCCGUUUCUAACUUCGCUGAAGUACUCAUUUCAGACGAAGGACCGUUUAUGUUUUGUUAUGGAGUAUGUGAAUGGAGGAGAGUUGUUUUUUCAUUUGUCGAGAGAACGCGUGUUUUCCGAGGAUAGAACCCGUUUCUACGGCGCUGAGAUCGUUUCUGCGCUGGAUUACUUGCACUCUGCAAAGAUUGUUUACCGUGACCUGAAGCUGGAAAACUUGAUGUUGGAUAAGGACGGUCACAUAAAGAUCACUGAUUUCGGCCUGUGUAAGGAGGGCAUCACAGACGCCGCUACCAUGAAAACGUUCUGCGGGACUCCGGAGUAUCUGGCCCCUGAGGUAUUGGAGGACAAUGAUUACGGGAGAGCCGUGGACUGGUGGGGUCUGGGAGUUGUUAUGUAUGAGAUGAUGUGUGGACGCCUUCCAUUUUAUAAUCAGGACCAUGAGAAGCUGUUUGAACUGAUUCUGAUGGAGGAGAUAAAGUUUCCCAGAACCCUCUCUGCAGACGCCAAGUCUUUACUGUCUGGAUUACUCAUCAAAGACCCUAAUAAGAGGCUCGGAGGAGGUCCGGAUGAUGCUAAGGAAAUCAUGAGACACAGUUUCUUCACAGCGCUGGACUGGCAGGACGUCUAUGACAAAAAGCUGGUACCACCGUUCAUGCCCCAGGUAUCAUCUGAAACUGACACCAGGUAUUUUGACGAGGAGUUCACGGCGCAGACCAUCACCAUCACCCCUCCAGAGAAAUAUGACGAGGACGGGAUGGACUCGGCCGAUAGCGAACGGAGACCACAUUUCCCACAAUUCUCAUAUUCGGCCAGUGGGCGGGAGUGAUGUCAUCAAAUGCCGCCAUUUAAGGAGCCCUGCGUAGCCAUGCUAGAAAGAGCCCCCCUCUCUCUCCCCCUCCGUUUAAUUACCGAUAGUCAUAGCGAGUCGUUUUUGUUGCUUUCUGUUCAUUUUUUUUUUAAUUUUAUGUGGGACUUUAAAGGGGUUUUGCACAGUUGGGUGAGACUUGAGCUAGUCGACCCACAUUUAAAAAGUCUUGUACACUUUCAGCUUGUUGUUUACAGAUCAUGGACAGUGUUUUUUGGGAAAAUAUGAUCAGUAUUGUUGAAGACCUGGAGCAUUUUUUUUUUUUUUUUUUUUGCACUUGUUUGAAAGAGCCGUUGUGGGGAACAAACCAAAAAUGUUGCCUUAUGUGUGUGGAUCUCAUCAGACAGACAGACAGACAUGUAGUUGGGGUUAUUAGAUGCAGCAGUAGAUCUGUUCCUGUGAGGCUCACAAAUUUAAUUUUGUUUCUGAUUUUUAACACACACACACACACACACACACACACACACACACACACACACACACACACACAUCCUCUGUCUGAGGCGUUGAAGAGUUUUGUUUCUCACUUUUGGUAAAAAUGAAUUCUAAGAAAGUGGGUAAAAGUGUGUCAGAGGACACUAGUGUUAAUAUUUGCAUAUUUUCUUUAUAGUUUUUAUCCACAUGCUCUGAUAUGAAGGUUUCAGUUCAAACACUACCAUAUAACAAACUGCCGUUACUGUAAAGGUCUCUCAGGCAAUUCAGAGCACAAGUGUGAAUCUCAUGAAACCGUCAAGAACAUGUCUGUGUCAUAUUUCACUGCAAAAUCAUGAAGACAAAAAAUUAUAUUUUGCAUGAAGACAAAUAUUUUAAGCAUCACUAGCAUGUUUUUGCAAUGCGACGUUAUUUUCAUGACAGUUUCCUCCCAUGUUCUCAUUACCGUAAUACAGAAAAAUUAUAGUAUAAUAUUAUUAUUUUAAUGUAAUAAUAAAAUACAUAAUAUUAUAUUAAAUAUUAUUUAAAUAGAAUUUAAAAAAGUAUUUUGGUAACACUUUACAGUACGGUUUAAUUUGUUAACAUUAAGUUUUCAUGAAAUAACAAUUAACAAUAAAACUACAGCAUUUAUUAGUCUUAAUGUUAAUUUCACCAUUUACUAAUACAUUUUUAAAAUUUAAAGUUGUAUUUGUUAACAUUAAUGCACUGUGAACUAACAUGAACAAACAAUUGCAUUUUUAUUAACUAACAUUGACAAAGAUUAUUAAAUGUUGUAAAAAUAAAUUGUUCACUGUUAGUUCAUGUUAACUAAUGUUAACAAAUGAACCUUAUUGUAAAGUGUUACCUGUAUUUUUAUGUUUUUUGUUAAUUAUUGUACUGACUUUGCUGAUUCAAAUAAACAUAAGAAAAUAUUUUUUAUAGUAAAGCAGUAAAAAGUUAGAUAAUUACCCUAAUAAAAAUCAACAAAAAAAAAAACGACUGCAAAAUAAAACAUUUGGAUGCAUUACGGUAAUGAUGUUUUUUUGCAUUAUGGUAAUGAGAAUUUGCGGGUGCAUAAUUGUCAGAAAAAUAACGUCACAAUGCAAAAAAUCAUAAUGGUCCAAAAAAAAUAGACUCUCUUUGUAAAACCUGUCAUAUAAUUUAUUUUAUUUAGAUUUUUGGGCUGAAAUAUGACCUGCACAUGUUUUUCGUGAGAUUCACCUAUAAAUCUACCCACCGACGGGGUGAAAUCUGCCCAGAUGUGAUUUUUAUGACUUUGUCCUUCUCUGCUCACCUCUGAAAUGGACAGUUUUAAACGUUCUACGCUCUCCAGACCCGAGAAGCGUCAAGGACAAACAUGUAAAGACUCAUUUUGGGUGGUGUUUCACCACUACUGUACAGAGCAACAGGUGUGUCUCUCUCACCAGCACAGAGAGAGACCAAUCAACCACUGACCCUCACUUCUCACCACACAGAGAGAAAACCUAAUGUUGGACUAUUCCAGAAGAUGUAAAUACAAACCUUUCGCUCUCUUUUUACCGUUGUUGUUACAUUAUGAUUAUUUUUUUGCAUCGAGAACUGUCUUCAUAGCUGUGGAAAUCUUAUGGACGUGUGAUGUCUGCGUUUGGAAUCAAUACCAAGUCAGAACACAGACUCAUUAUAUGUGCAACUGAGCCAUGCAAUACCAGUGUGAAUGACCCUUGACCCCGGAGCUGCCCCUCCUCUGUGUGAUGUACAUAUGCAAUGCCUUCUGUUUGUGACAACAGGCGCGUGACGGUUAUUGUGUGUGGCAAUAUAUGAAUUGAAAAAUAUUUCCUGAAAUGACACAAAAUCAUUGGAGGAACGACGAGUUGCUUUGGUUUCAAUCCCAUCCUGUUUGUACCCAAUCCAGUGAACGUUUUGGAAACUGCCGUUGUUCAUUGCGGUUCUUCAUAGCGAAUGAUAUGAGUGUGUGUGAUUGUUCGUUUAAGUUUCAGUUGUUAUUUUCACGACAGGAAAUCCUCGUUGGGUUUUCUAAUGUUCCGAUGACUGAGUUUGUUUUUGUUUUCUUGUUUUUUUUUUUUUCGUUUUUUUUUUCAGCGUAUUUUUGUACUAUAGAUGUAAUUUUAGUUGUAUUUAUUUUCGUAUGUUGGGAUGAAGGACGCUGUCAGCCGCGUUUAUUAAGUGCUCUCUCUCCCUCAUUAUUUUUUAUACCUUUCCUUUAGUCGUUUGCCUGUUUUGUUUCAUACCAAAACUCUAGGGCAAGUGCCAUGUAGUGGACUUGCAUUGCCAUUUGGUAGUAUUUAUUUUAAGUUAUAUUAAAAUGUUCAAAUUUC